GCGAAGGUGAGAGAUGGAUGUCGCAAGCACAGCUCCCGGGCCGAGGCCAGGCCCACGAUGCCGGCCCCAACGACAGCAACGUCAAAGGUGCUGCAGAAAGUGAAUGUAGAGAAAAUCAAGAUCGGAAUCCAACCAGCUAAUACAGUUGUGACCUUUGAGAUGCUGACUGAAGCGUUGAUUCGCCAAGGAAAUGUAUGGAAGACACUGGCCUCCUGUGAUGGACGCCGGCACUUCUGGGGCUGGCUGAACAGCGUUUUCAACAAGGUGGACCAUGAACGGAUCCAGGCCGUUGGCCCAGACAGAGCAGCUUCAGAGUGGCUCCUCCGGUGCGGAGCGUUUGUGCGAUAUCAUGGAUUGGAUAAAUGGCAGCAAGAUUACAACGGCCUCCCGACUGGGCCGCUAGGAAAAUACAAGAUCCAAGCUAUCGAUGCCACGGAAUCAUGCAUCAUGUAUAAGGGAUUUGAUUAUUUGGAUGGCCUGGAGCAUGUUGAGGAAAUAAAAUUUUCCAAGUGCAUGUACAUCCAAGAUGACUGCUUACAACGGCUCAGCGAGACCCCAAGCCUGCAGAAAAGCCUACUACGUUUGUGGAUAAUCUCCUGCGGGAAUGUCACGGAUAAAGGCGUCAUUGCAUUGCAUAAGCUCAGUAACCUUGAAUAUUUGUUCCUGAGUGACCUCCCUGGGAUAAAAGAAAAAGAAACCACAGCACAGAUCCUUAGGAAAUCAAUGCCGGCUCUGGAGCUGGAGCUAGACUUGGACUAAAAGCAGCACCAUAUUCUUUGGCUUCUACCAUAUAUUUAUAUCUAUUUGGGACAUAACAAAGCAUGGGGGUUUAGAACGAGGAUGACCGCUGACUGUAUUCCUUGGUUGCAGCUUUUCGGUUUCUGGGAGAAUGCUUAGGGGCCCUUGCUUCUUGAGAUAGGCAGGGCCCUGAACUCUCCCACUAUAUGAGAAUAUUAGCAUAUGUGGAUCAAGAAACGUUAGAAACAUUUCCAGUUUGUAAUGACGACAUUGGGUUUGUGUACUAAAUUCAGAGGCCAUUGGCAUGUAACAUCCUCAUUUGAGAGACAUCCCAGAGAAGAUUCUUCUUCAAAACCCACAGGUUCAGUUGAGGCUAUAUCAAGACAUUCAAGAUUCAGAGAAGACCACAGAGGAAAACAGCAAUAGAAGGAACUUGAAAGCUAAGGUCAGUGUAGCCAUUUUUUUUACUGUGUACAUACUGCUUUAAGAUUUUUCCUUGCCAAGUGAUAUGAAUGAAUACCUUUAAUAAAACCAUAUUUGGGUGUCUUUA